UCUCCUCAGACCCCAUCAACCCACAGCACAAUCCAUCAUAAUCUUAAAUAAAAAAGAAUAGAUACAGAGAGAAAGAAGAGUUCAUCAAUGGAGAGGGUGACACAAUUGGCAGCACAAAGACCAGUGGUGAUAUUUAGCAGGAGCACAUGUUGCAUGUGCCAUGCGAUCAAGACAUUGCUUAGCGAUUUUGGGGUUAACCCGGCAGUUCAUGAGCUAGAUGAGAUAGCAAGAGGAAGAGAAAUAGAGCAAGCACUAUCAAGACUUGGCUCUCCAACCCUACCGGCUGUGUUCAUUGGUGGUGAACUUGUGGGUGGAGCCAAUGAGGUUAUGGCUCUUCACCUCAAUCGCUCCUUAAUCCCUAUGCUUAUACGUGCAGGCGCAUUGUGGGUUUGAGUAAUUAAUUACAAUUAAUUAACUAUCAUGGUCCUAUAAUAUACAAUUAUAAUAUAAUAAAUAAAUAAAUAUUAAUAAAUAAAUAAAUAAAUAUAUAUAUAUAUAUAUGUAUGAUGAUGGUACAUUCUAUGUAUCGGAAGCUGAGUUUAUUAUAUACUUACAAUGAGGCUCUAUACUAUAUGUAUGGUUAAUAGGUAAUCAGGUGCGUACGUAGUACUCCUUUUUGUAAUGUAGUAUUUCAUGUAAUGCUAUGUUCUUCUUGCUAAUAAUAAAACUAUUGUAGUUUCCUUAA